UCCUCAACUGGACCCAAACUCGUCAUCUUUGUAGACUAUGAUAUACACAAACAAUCCAAAAAUCUAUUGACUUGACUCAUUUUUUUUUUAUUAAGGAUCAGAUAAUCUUCCAUGAUGGACCAAAACUUUAGCCCUUACUAAAAGCACCCAUAUCAUAAAAUUUCAGAAUAUAGCUGAGCUCUCUCGUCUUAUGAUCCAAACAAGGAGGUAAAGCAAAAAAAAAAAAAAAAAAAAAAAAAUGCAGAGCUCCACAGUUUUCAUAACCCUGUGGCUGUUAUUAAUAGUCUUUUCCGUGCUUAGCCCUGUAACUGAAGCUCAGCCGCCUACUUAUCGCUACCACGAUUGUCCUAACACCACCACUUUCCCCAUAAACAGCACUUACCAAGCCAACCGUGAUACCCUCUUAACUUCUCUAUCGUCUAAUGGCAGCCGUGGUAAUGGUUUCUACAACACAACCGCAGGCAGAAACCCCAACACGGUUUACGGUCUUUUCCUCUGCCGUGGGGAUCUUUCUACCAGCAUUUGUCAAGCGUGUGUCACCUUUGGCUCUACUGACAUUUCCCAACGUUGUCCUGUUGAAAUAGAAGCGGUGGUUUGGUACGACGAGUGCCUCCUACGAUACUCGGACAAAAAUAUAUUUUCGGCCGUGGCUGAAGAACCUGCAAUUAUCUUGUUCAACUUUCAGAACAUCAGUGACCAAGUCCGUUUCGACAGCCAAGUUCAAGAAGUGAUGAGUGGUACAGCAAGCCAAGCCGCAAACGCAGCACCAGGUGCUAAAAAAUUCGCGACUAGAGAGGCAGAUGCCAAUUUUACAUCGAGUUUUCGAACACUAUAUACCCUUGCUCAGUGUACACCGGAUUUGCCAACCUCUGAUUGCGACAGAUGCCUGCGAUACGUAACUGGAAACCUUCCAAGAGGAAGACAAGGAGGAAGAGUGUUGAGUCCUAGCUGCAACGUCAGAUAUGAAACUUACCUGUUCUAUAAUCUAAAUCAAACAGCAGUUGCAUCUCCCCCACCUUUAGUUCCAGCAGUUUCAAGAGGGAAUGGACGGAGAACAUGGCCAAUAAUUGUUGCCAUUGUUGUUCCAAUUGCUGCUUCCAUUUUGGUUUUAUUACUGGCGUGUUGGGUGUCAAAGAGGAGAGCAAAGAAAUACGAUGCUGUCCAGGGGGGUAAUGGGUAUGACAUAACUACUGUAGAGGCAUUGCAGUAUGAUUUUGCCACAAUUGAAGCUGCAACAAACAAGUUUUCAGAUGCUAACAAGCUAGGCGAAGGAGGUUUUGGUGAGGUUUACAAGGGUAUCCUUCCUGACCAACAAGUAAUAGCUGUUAAGAGGUUAUCAAGAGGUUCAGGACAAGGUGAUGAGGAAUUUAAAAACGAGGCUGUAUUGGUAGCUAAGCUUCAACACAGAAAUCUAGUCAGACUAUUGGGUUUUUGCUUGGAAAGAGAAGAAAAGAUACUAGUUUAUGAAUAUGUUCCCAACAAGAGCCUGGACUAUUUUGUUUUCGAUCCUACAAAACAAGGACAAUUGGACUGGUCGAGAAGAUACAAGAUUAUCGGAGGAAUUGCUCGUGGAAUUCUUUACUUGCACGAGGAUUCCCGGCUUAGAAUCAUCCACCGCGACCUCAAGGCCAGCAACAUAUUGUUAGACGGAGAUAUGAACCCCAAGAUUUCGGAUUUCGGCAUGGCAAGGAUUUUUGGGGUUGAUCAAACUCAAGGAACAACCAGAAGAGUUGUUGGAACCUACGGCUACAUGUCUCCAGAAUAUGCAAUGCAGGGACAAUUUUCGGUUAAAUCCGAUGUAUACAGUUUCGGGGUUUUAGUCCUUGAAAUCAUAAGUGGCCAAAGGAACAGUGAUUUCUACGAAGCAGAAGGCGCUCAGGACCUCAUUAGCUAUGCAUGGAAGCUAUGGAAGGAUGAGAGAUCCCAGGAAUUGUUGAAUCCUGUUUUGAGGGAUAAUUACUCAAGAAACGAAGUCAUUAGGUGCACCCAGCUCGGAUUAUUAUGUGUUCAAGAAGAUCCAGCUGACCGACCAACGAUGGCCACCAUUGUUCUCUUGCUCAACAGUUACUCUGUCACACUACUGGUGCCUAAACAGCCAGCAUUUGUGCUUCAGAGUAGAACAGAUGGGAGGAUGCCGGACAAGGGGCUUGAAUCUGAUCAAUCUACAAGUAGAUCAAUGCCAUGGUCUAUCAAUGAGGUAUCUAUUACUGAAUUACACCCCCGAUAAUGUAAGUUAAUGGAUGCAACCCCACCAUGUGCAUAUGCUAUGUUCAGGCUUUGUUCAGUUAUUUCCAAAUUGUUCCUGUUCUUUCUAGUUCUUCGCCUGUUAUGUUUUGUGCUAUUUAAUUUUGAACACACAUUUGUACUUGUAUUAUAAUUGUACUAUAUUUGUAAUAAUGCAACUUUAAAAAAAUGGAUGCAUCAUCAACAACAUCAAGGUGGAUAGCUAUCUGCCAACCUCGAAUAAACCUUUUGUUCUACCAA